CUGAAGGGUCAAAGCCAACUUGUUUUUUUCAGCGAAUUACUGUUCUGGAGGGGAGGAUAGACAGAUAGAAAACAUUGUCACAGCUAGCAAAAGGCAGGGGACACAGAAUAUGUAUUAGUUGGGACGACUGACAACCUGCAUGCUAAGACACUAAGGGAUUGCUCAGGAGACGGGAUGAAGGUCUUUCUGUCUGUGCUGUUGGCUGCCGUUGCCUACGCUGAGCUCGCCCAAGCUUUGCGGUGCUUUUCUUGCAGCGAGCUGACAAGUGCUCACAAAUGUCUGAGUGUGGCCAACUGUUCGGCAAACGACACCAUGUGCAAGACGACCAUGUACUCCCUGGAAGAAGUGUAUCCUUUCGUGGGCGAUGCAACUGUUACCCGAUCGUGUUCUCCAAAAUGCGUCCCGUCUGAUGUGGAUGGGAUUGGCUUGACGCGCCCAGUGACGUGUUGUAACACCGACCUCUGUAACUACGACGCGGCAGCCACUAUUCAGAUCAGUUAUGCCACGGUGGUGUCUUCGGUGGUUUCCUUCUUCAUCCUUCUCAGGACUGGACUGUGAUGGGAAAGGAAAACACGGCCCGUCUUAAGGUAUCCAAAUAAUGAAGAAGAAGAAGAAAGAAGAAGAAGAGUUGGAUUUAUAUCCCCCCUUUCUCUCCUGUUAGGAGACUCAAAGGGGCUGACAAGCUCCUUUCCCUCCUCCCCCCUUCCACAACAAACACUCUGGUGGCUUCAUCUGUUCUUAGAAGACAAGGAAUGUGUGUGUCCGACCCUCGUGUCCUCACAGGAAGAAGAAACUGGAAACGCUUGUUCUGAAAAUUAACUGCUCUUAAGACACACAGCAAAUAAAAAACCUGAUCCUUA